AUGCGCGGGUCCUGGGCCUUGUUGCUGGCUCCGUUGCUGGCGUGCCUGGUCGCCUGUAGCUCCGUCGCCGAGCUCGUCGCAGAGGCCGCGCGUCGGACUGCUCCCCGAGGCGAGGAAGUGACCCGCGCACAGCUCUCCGCCGCCAGCAGCUUCCACGUCCGCCGCCUGCCGCCCGCCGCCUGCGCCCUGCGCGGCCACGGGGCCGCCGCCUCGUCCCGCUGGAGCAGCAGCAGGUCUCUGAAUCAGGUGUGUGUGGAAAACUCACUCGUGUUCAGAAGCAACACCCCUUAUCCUACUGACACUGUUGCUGUUCCUGGUGGACAUAAGCUGCUGUUCUGUGUUCAGCUGAAUGACUCAACGCUCAACUACUUUCAGCAGCCACAAGAUAUAAAAGAAUCUGAUUUUCUGAAGUUCUUACAGAAGUAUGGAAGAUACUCUUUCUUAGCACCAUCCCAAGCCCAGCCAUCGUUCCCUGCCUUUUACCGGGCUGGUGAUCCAAUCUUAAUCUACUUUGACUCAUCAUCUGUACUGAGCACACUUAGACAGCCAGGAGCAAUGGGAGCCAGCGGACUCUGUGUUGAUGGAAAUCCUGCUGGCUUCCUGGACAGUAAAAGUACAAGCUGUACUCGGAUUUUCACCAAGUUGAGCAAGAGCUGCGUUACUGACCCUGCCUUAGAUGCUGCCUCAUACUAUCGUGACUUUGUGGUGCUAAAGGUCCCAGUUGCUGACACCACUGUGCAGUCCAUGAAGGUGAAGGUCGCCACAGCUAUACCACCUGGAUCUCCCUACCUGGAAGGCAACACAUGUAACAAUGUUGUUUCUGAGGUGAUCUAUGGGAUAGAAUUCAGUGGCACACAUGGAAUUCAGAGCGUCUCUGUCCAGUUCAAAGUGAGCAACAUCUCUGGGAACUCGGGAUCCUCUCUGCAGCAGCAGUUCACUUUGUACUUCUGGACCAGGACUCUUCCUCACAUGUUGCCUAGAAGUGGAAACCCUGGCUAUAUCACCGGAGCCCCACUGUGGAUUGCCAGCAGUGGUGCCAUGCAGCAUAUGAGUAUUUUACAGAGUGAAGGUGAUGGAAGUUGCUCACAGUCCCUCAGACACACAGUCCAGUUUGGAAGAAAUAUGAGGACAGGCUGCAAGCUCAGCCUAUCCCCAGCACUGCAAGAAGGUAACUGUAGUUCCAUCCAGCAGGAGUUGUACAAGGCUCUCCAGGGGAUGACUAGAGCAGAGGACCUUGCCAUAACUGGCAGUGCUCAUUCAGCCCAGGCAGAAGGGUGGACAAUCAUUCUGAUUCAGAACUGCAGUGUGCAGGCUGCGAAUUGCACUUCCUGCUGCAUGGUUCCUGUCACCCUGGAGAUACAGAUACUGUGGGCUAAGGUGGGCUUCCUGUCCAAUCCACAAGCUCAAAUACUGGGUGCACGAUAUUUCUAUCAGUGUUACCCCCUGAAGUUGCUGAGCACAAGCAUGGUACCUCUGACAACUGUUGUGACCUUCACCGACAUGACAGGAUGGCCAGAAGCGCCAGGAGGCCAGCCCCAAAUGCACUGGAAGCUCCCAUUUGACAUCUUUUUCCCAUUCAAGGUGGCAUCAAAUUUGGAACGAAGUUACAGAGAUUAUCUGGCUGUCUGUUUUUUUUUGAUUCUAAUAAUAUCUGGUAUUCUCUGCUUUUGA